AUGGCUAGGACAAUCUCCAGUAGCUCUUCUAGAGCGUCGGAUGCACUAUUUGUGCACCGAGAUACACCGUACAACAACUCUUCGAUCCCCUUUUCGUUUACACCUGAAAACAUGAAAAAGGCAGAGGAGAUUAUAUCACAUUAUCCGCCCCAGUACAAGAAGGCUGCCAUUAUUCCUCUUCUCGACCUUGGUCAGCGCCAAAACAAGGGCUGGACGAGCAUUAGCGUCAUGAACUAUGUUGCAAAGCUAGUCGAAGUCCCGCCAAUGCGUGUCUACGAAGUGGCGACCUUUUAUACCAUGUUCAACAGGGAACCUAUUGGCCAAAACUUUGUACAAGUUUGCACGACCACUCCGUGCAUGCUCCGCGGAGCCUAUGAUAUUUUGGAGACCGUACAGAGCCAUCUUGGAGGGAUCCAUGUCGGAGAUACAACAAAGGAUGGAAAGUUUACACUCGUUGAGGUCGAGUGUCUGGGUGCAUGCAGCAAUGCGCCGAUGAUGGCUGUCAACGAUGACUUCUACGAGGACCUCACACCCGAGACCACCAAGAAGGUGCUCGACGUUUUCGCAAAGGGCUCGAUACCAAAGCCAGGUCCACAGAGCGGACGACAAACGAGCGAAAACUCUGCUGGUCUGACUGCACUUACAUCAAAGCCUUAUGGUCCUGGCGAACAUUGCACGCCCGAGUUUCAGUAA